AAAGUUAGAAUAACUUCCUCUCCCGGAGACCUCGGUUUUGCACAAGCCGGCCUUGAAAUCAGAGCCUUUCGAGCAGCUCGGAGAGCGUGUGCUCGGCGACCGCGGGCUUGGCCAGCGGCGCGCGCUCGGCGCCCGGCGCCCCCAGCCCCACGCGCGCCGGGCGGGCGCCAUGGAGGAGGGCUCCAGCUCGCCCGUGUCCCCCGUGGACAGCCUGGGCACCAGCGAGGAGGAGCUCGAGCGGCAGCCCAAGCGUUUCGGCCGGAAACGGCGCUACAGCAAGAAGUCGAGCGAAGAUGGCAGCCCGACCCCCGGCAAGCGCGGCAAGAAGGGCAGCCCGAGCGCGCAGUCCUUCGAGGAGCUGCAGAGCCAGCGCAUCCUGGCCAACGUGCGCGAGCGCCAACGCACCCAGUCGCUCAACGAGGCCUUCGCUGCGCUGCGCAAGAUCAUCCCCACGCUGCCCUCGGACAAGCUCAGCAAGAUCCAGACGCUCAAGCUGGCCGCCAGGUACAUAGACUUCCUCUACCAGGUCCUGCAGAGCGACGAGAUGGACAAUAAGAUGACCAGCUGCAGCUACGUGGCCCACGAGCGCCUCAGCUACGCUUUCUCCGUGUGGCGCAUGGAGGGCGCGUGGUCCAUGUCCGCCUCCCACUAGCGCCGCGCCACCCACGUCCGGACCGGCGCGCCAGGCUUUCGCUCGUCCAAAGACAGCAGACUUCCAGGAGAUGACACCCGCCCACCACUGAGGUUCACAGGGGAAACAGAACGCGCCUGGCUUUGCUGAGAGAAGCCAACUCACCACGCUGGCCAUCUUGGGAAGCAUCCUUCUGCUGGAGCCGCCGAGUUCUCUGAAUGGUGAUAAAGCGUUAUUUGCACGGACGACAGAGUUCAUCCUCCUGGCUCGUUCCUCAGAAGCGUGUCAAUGUGCAGAUUUUAUGAAGCAAGGUCUUGGACAGUCAGCUUGUGUUGUGUAUUUUUUGAAAGUUACAGCGAGUAUCAUUCAAUGUUAAUUACAUAAUUUCACUUUUGCUAACCAGAAAGAGGCAAAGGGGAAGUGAGGACACAAAGAGCAAAGCUGGUGUGUUUCUGGCUCCUGGCACCCACCGUGCUCCCUCCUGCGUGACUCUUCACAAUGUGAAUUCUGGAGGUUUUAAAUGUUCACGACUACAUGUGGUCAACGAGCCUCUCCCCAAUGGAUUUUGCUCUUCAGUGAAAUCACCGUUUCCAGAACAAAUCAUAUGCAGUUCUUUCCCUUAGUGAAUUUCCCUGACAUGGUAUUUUUCUAUUUGGAGAAAUUUUAAUCAGACAGAAAGCAAAGGAAGUUGCUCUUGUAGGGGCGGGCUAGGUCCCCAAGUGAAUCUGUUGGGAAAAACCCAUUGUCUUGGGUCCAGGGGAUUGAGAAUCCAAACAGGACUUUUCCUGAAUUUGAACAUGCAGUGGACAUCAAUUUCCUGCUCUCAGCCCUGCAUUUUUGGGCUGAGGUGUGUCAUAGCUUCGCUGGGACUCAGUUUUCCUGCCUUGCAAAAUGAUGGGGUAAGUUUCUCACAGUCCUGCGGUUAUCAAAAUUCCAAGAGCCAGUAGCACCCAGCCAUUCCCUCCUGGGUAUGUACACCAAAGAAUUGAAAGCAGGUGUUCAUACGGAAGUGCACACUCAUGUUCAUAACAGUGCUGUGUACAAUAGCUAAAGGUGAAAACAGUACAGGUGUCCAUCAGCUGAGGAAGGGGUCAGUACCGUGCGGUCUCUCCGUACAGUGGAGAACUACUCAGCCAGAGGGCGUGAUGUACUGGCUCAUGCUACAGCGUGGGUGAAUCUUGAAAACAUUACGCUGAGUUAAAGAAGUCAGACACAAAACACCAAAUAGCGUCGAUUCCAUUGACAUGAACUAUCCGGAACAGGCAAAAGUAGAUUCGUGGUUGCCAGGGACUGGCGGGGAGGGAGGACGGGACACAAUUGCUUAAUGGGUGUGGGAUUUCUGU